CCAUAAAAUAAAAGCAACAAUAAAUGUACAGUAUUAACGCAUCGUAUAUCUACAAGAAUUGAAAUGGCACUCAUAUUUCAUUUACUGAUUUGUUGCAGGGUGGCAAUGUUUUUUCACAUUGCUUAUUUAUAAAAAGAUUUUUUAUAAAAGAUAGAUUACAAACAAACAAAUACUUAAAUGAAAAGAACAUUAUUUUUGGCGAAAAAUAUAUGACCUCACAUGGCGGAAGUGAUUUUGGCGGUACGCUUGCUCUCGUUUUGACCUCAUUUACAGGAAGUGUAGUCGAGCGGAGUCGGACAGCCCUUCGCGAGAGAAAAAAAUAGAAAAAAAUUGAGGGAAAAAAAUCGGUGAAUCCAAGGGGUUCGGGCGGAUUUGGACGAAGUUUCCGAACUGUCCCGGCCCGGAGGAGCCCUGGGGGUUGAAAGGGAAUCGCCAGCACCGAAAUAAUGGAAGAUUCCCAUUUCAACUCAUCAUACUUUUGGUCUCCCGUUCCAACAGUGCAAGGACAGAUUGAGAACGCCAUGUUUCUGAAUAAGAUGAAAGAGCAGCUGGGGCCGGACAAGGGCGCAGGUUUUCCGCACUCGUCCGCGGCGCACUACCCUACGGCCGUGCUGACGGUGCCGGGAUCGGUCGCCAUGGACACGGGAGCUGUCGGGAGGGUGCCGAAGCAGGAGGGUGGAGGAGGAGCGAGCGGGACGGCGGGGGCGCAAAUAACCGGCGUGGGGGCGCACCUGCACCCACCUCACACGUCCCAGAACAUCACAGUGGUGCCCGUCCCAUCUACUGGCAUCAUGACGGCAGCAGGGUUAGUGAUCACGACUCCUCAGGGGGCACUGGUAACUCCUUCUGCCUCCUCUCAGUCUUUUGUUUCUGGACCACCCACAACAACCAUGAUUGUGUCCGCUUUACACCCAUCAAACACAGAGGCUGUCCGGCCCCCUUCCCUCUAUCUCCACAGCCACUAUAAGAAAGAGGACGGCAGUAUUCCACCCGCUGUAGUCAUGCCGCUUCCCUCAAAGCGGGGCAGAAAGAAGAAGUCCAUGAUGCCGAGAGCAGGUCCCGUUUCAGCCCAUGCACUCGCCACAGGAAGUGAUGCGCUGAUUCUUGCACACCUGGCUGCUGGGGGACAGCACAACACGAGUGACCCAUAUGACCUUUCCAAUGAUGAGGAUGAUCAUACAGGAAAAGAUGGGAACAAAUCAUACAGGUGCCGGAUGUGUGCGGUGACGUUCUUCAACAAAUCAGACAUGCAGAUUCAUGCCAAGUCGCACACGGAGGCGAAGCCGCACAAGUGUCCUCACUGCUCCAAAUCCUUCGCCAACUCCAGCUAUCUGGCGCAGCACAUCCGCAUCCACAGCGGCGCCAAACCCUACACCUGCUCCUACUGCCAGAAAACCUUCAGACAGCUCAGCCACCUACAGCAGCAUACACGAAACCACACAGAGGGCAAACCGCACAAGUGUCCUCACUGCUCCAAAUCGUUUGCCAACUCCAGCUACCUGUCCCAGCACAUCCGCAUCCACAGCGGGGCCAAACCCUACACCUGCUCCUACUGCCAGAAAACCUUCAGGCAGCUCAGUCACUUACAGCAGCAUAACAGGAUUCAUACUGGUGAUCGGCCAUACAAGUGUUCCCAUCCCGGCUGUGAGAAAGCUUUUACCCAACUAUCCAACCUCCAGUCUCAUCGAAGACAGCACAACAAGGACAAGCCAUACAAAUGUCACAACUGCAACCGCGGCUACACAGAUGCGACCAGCUUAGAGGUUCACUUGUCUACACAUACGGUGAAACACGCCAAACUCUUCUCCUGUGGCCUCUGCAACCGCGCCUACACAUCUGAGACGUACCUGAUGAAACACAUGCGAAAACACAACCCAGACCCCCUGACGGUAGCAGCCGCAGUGGCUGCCCAGCAAGCCCAGCAGGGUCAGAAUCCAGCUCAGCCCUCAGGUGGGGGAAGCGGCAGGGGUCGCGGGCGAGGCAGAGGUGCCGGAUCCGCUUCAGCCGGGGCGGGAGCGGCGCAAGGGCAGAACCAGCCCAACCCCAACCCGCCAACCAGUUACUCUGUUACGGAGGGAAUACCCUGCCCUUUUGACCUGCAUCAGUACAAGACCGUGUCGGCUGGAGAGAUCCAGUACAAACCGGUCACCGUGGCCGACCUGACGGCCCACAAAGACCUCUGCCUCACCGUCUCCACCUCUGCCAUCCAGGUGGAACACAUGAACUCGUAGAGGAACUUGAGGAGAGUGAGAGCGAGGAGGUGGGGUGAGGAGAAACGGACCAUGAAUCGGGAAGGAAAUAAAACACUGCCUUGGGACAGAGGAGGAUUUCCAAAAACAGACUGGCAGGAGGGGGAGGGAAGGUUUGCCGAAGGAGGAGAAAAGGAGAGAUGAAGGAGGAGCAUGUGAACUCUCAUGAGUUGUCUUUCUUUAGACUUGCUCUGCAGUGUCACAAAAAAGGCCUUAAACUGUCAUAGUUAGCUAUUGAAAUACACAAUACCCAGCCCCAAUUCUAUCCCUUUGGCCACUAUAGAUUGCAACAGUCAGGUUAUGGAAGUAAAAAUACUAUUUAUUUUCUCCAUAGGGGAAUCGAUUUUGAUAAAUACUUACAAACCAUUGAAAACAGACCAACUGUGAGCUACAAGUUCACCCAAAAAUUAAAAACUUGUGUAAUCAUUUGUGACCCUGGACCAUAAAAGCAGUCAUAAGGGUAAUUUUUUGAAAAUCAAGAUUUAUAUAUCUGAAAGCUAAUUAAAUAGGCUUUCUAGUUGUCCAAAUGAAGUUCUUAGCAAUGCAUAUUACUAAUCAAAACAUGCUACGAAUAUACCUGUGCUACUUAAGACUGGUUUUGUGGUCCAGGGCUACAUUUAUUCUCCCUCAAGUUGUUCCAAACCUAUUGAACACCAAAGAAGAUACUUUGAAGAAUAUUGAUAUAAUAGCAUAACACUGUGAAAAACUACCCAUGAUUCUGCAAAGAAAUCUCCAUCAAUCAGUGCCAAACAGCAUAAGCUGUUAAGUACACAGUUUAGUACUUUUGUCCAACUUUUUUGCUUCAAAUCAAAGUUUGUAAGGACGCGAUUCACCAUGUAGCUGGUUGGUUUGGUUCAUGGUUUAUAACUCUUCAACAAAGACUUGUUAAGAUUCCCAUGGAAAGAAUAAAUGGGAAAAACCUUUUAGCCAAGACCACUGAAAAAGUGGGCAAAAACAAUGCUUUAAUUGUAAAUUUGUCAGUCUGAAAUGGAAAUCUGUGAACUUCCCUUGGAAGUUUCCAUUGACUUGAGAGAUAAACAGUGUUGGAACUGACUACUUGCCCAAAAAUACAUCACUCCCAGUUUUAAGAACAUAUUUUAACAUUCACAUAAUUUUAUUCAACAUCUUUAUGCCAUCUUGAGGUGGUUUUGAUGUAGAGGUCAAAAUUAAUUAAAUUGAUAGUAAUCAAUUUGUACGAUAUUUUGGCCCUGAGCAUUAUUAUUAUUCUUCCGAUUCUUCUCCAAAAUGAAUCACAUUUUUUAAGGGCCUAAACCCUUGAAAACUCAUUAAACUUUGCACUGGCCCAAAAGUGGUGAAAAUUUACAUCUGAUAUGCGUUUCAGAAGUGGUUGUGGCAAAAUGGCUCGAUAGCACUACCUAUAAAAUUUCACCAACGUGCCCCUCGAGCUGCGUUUCACAUACAUGUACAAAAAGCCAUAGACACAUGUGACACAUGAUACACCAAUACCUACAAAAAAGUCUCUUAGUACGAAAUCCGAAUCCCAACAGGAAGUCAGUAAAAUUUUGUGCUGUUUUUGCCAUUUCAAGCAUUGAAUUUAAAUUUUAUUUUUCUCUGAUCUAAUCUAAGGGGCUGUUUACAUGACGUUUUCAGCCAAAAACGGGAAACUUUUUAUGUGUUUUGCCUGUUUGUUUAGAUGACAAUGGUGUUUUAGGGAAUUAAAACGCAUAAAAACAGGUUUCAAAGUUUUUGAAAACGCCACUAUUACCAUUUUCGUGUAAAUACCCAAUAUGGGAAUAUUUAAAAAGUGGUCAUGCAUGUGCAUAGUACGUGUUAAGUAUGUAGACAUGCACAGUGUGUGUUGAUUUUAAAGGCAACCACAAACAAACAGCAAGCUAACUACUGGCCUGGCAUAUGUAUUACAGCAUUUUUGGCAGUUUUCGCGGAUGUGUGUAAACGUAAAUCUUUUGCAAGGGAAAAACUCUUCCAUUUUUGAUUACAUCGUUGUGAUGUAAAUGUAGCCUGAAGUCCUUUAUGACGUUAAAUUGGGAAGAUGAUGAGUUUUCGUUGAGGGGCGUGUCCGUGGCGGCCUGACAAAUUUCGAUGUUUUGCCGUGAAACAGGAAGUUGUUAUUACUCAGGCAUAAAAUGUCUAAUCUGCCCCAAAAUUCAAAUUUGACAAGAGUCCUGUCCAGAACACAUACCCAUUCCCAUAUUCAGUUAUAGUCAUAGCACCACCUGUUGGCAACAGGAAGUGACAUGUUUUACACUUUAACAAACUCCUUCUAGAGAUUUAAUGACAUUUGAUAUUUGGUCAGUCUUAUCUAAAGGCCUUUGCGUUGUAAAAUAGCAAAGAUCUUGAGUCAUCGUUAAAGGGCGCGUCCGUGGCGGGAUGACAAAUUUCGAUGUUUCACCAUGGGAAUAGAAGUUGUAACUCAGGCAUACAAUGUCCGAUCUGCCCCAAACUUCACAUGUUCGAUAAGAGUCCUGGCCUGAACACAUGUAAAGGCCAAAAUUCAGUUAAAAUCAUAGCGCCACCUGUUGGAAACAGGAAGUUUGGCAUAUAUAAAUGACUUUGACAGAUUCCUCCUAUAUUUACCACUUUAAAUGUACAUGCACAUGCCCACCGUUCCCUUUCUUCCUGAAGCCACCUGAUGGUGGUGAGCCCGGGUGCGAGGGCCUUUUCAUCGCUGCUUGCAACUUUAAUUUUAAAUGAUUCCAUUUCAGACUGACAGAGAAAAAAUAAAGUACUGUCAGGAUGAUUGAGCAGAUUUAUUUUACAUUAGUGAUCAUUUCUCUAUCACUACUAAGAGGACACUAGCUUUAUAAAUGGGUGAUAAAGACUAGCACAUGCUUAUAUCAAGAUUUGAAAACCAGCAAGUUCACUUUUUCCUAACUGAUAAAUGUUACAAAUGCUGGUAAACAGUUAGUUUACAUUGCAAGGAAUAUACACAUCUGCAGCGUUUGAGCAAGUUUACAGUAAUAGCUACGUUAAAUUAUGGAUGUUCUUCCAAGUCCGUAUUACAUUGUAAGCCCUUAUGAAGUUUUAAUGCCUUUUAUGACACUGCUUUGCAGGCCUGCUGAUUGACAUUUCAAGCAAACGUGCAACUGGUUUGUCACUACCAGCCGAGACCUGUUGGAAAGAGGUGGCUAAGACUGCACUAAAGGGGAGAAGGAUAAACAGAAGCUAAUGGUUUAUGGGAGAUGGCACUUAAAUGAACUUUUUUAUUCAUUGUUUCUGUUUUCGUCAUUACAUUUUAGCCAUUUAUCAUAUGUAUUUUUCUAUUGUCCUUGUGUAUGUAUGUUUGUAUGUGUUUGAGUGUGCGAAGGGUCGGUUGCAAGAGCAUGUAAGAGAACAUUUAAAGAAGGAGAUGAAUGUGUGAAAACAUCUAUAAAGUUGUCUGUUUUCUUUUGUUUGUUUUUUAUUUUUAACCUGAAGAGUUUAGUCAUUUUAUAUUUUCUUGACCCUCCCCACAAAGUCUUUUUUUAUUUGUUUCCAGAAAGGAAGGGAGGGACAAAAAUGUGCAGACAACAAUUUGGUUACCAGGUACUAUUUAGUAGUGUUUUUUUAAAACCUUUAAUACCAGUUAUUAUAUUAACUUUGUUUUUUAUGCAAUUAUUAUCGUCAUCAACAUCAUUAUCCAUUGGGAGUUACUCUGUGUGUGUGUAUAUAUAGAGACGACAUGUUCAUUCAGAAAGGGAAGGAUUGUCUUUCUGGUCCAGCUUAAAUAUGAUUUUUAAAAAAUGUAUUAAAGGCAACAAUAGAGAUCAGAGUAUGGGAUGUUAACAUAUUGCUAAACCAUCCAAUCACUGACCUACAUGAUGCCAUCUGUGUCCAGUAAGCAGCCAAGUGAUUGGCUGAUCCUCCAUGUAUAAUCCUCGUUGUAUCCAUAUAUGUCUUUGGAAAAAUAACACGGUUCUCAAUAUUAUUAUUAAUGUUACUUCUGUCACUCCUAAUACUUAUUAUUAACUACUCUUUAAGAUGACUUUGCUGUAUAGAUCAACACUCAUUCAUCUUGACGUAACUGUUUCUCCUAAUAUGAACAAUAAAAAAUGAUAAACAUUUUA